UUGGUGUAAACAUGGCAGCCGACGACGACGAUCAAGACAUUCCAGAAACCGGAGGUGUGUUCACCUUUGGCAAGUCUAAGUUUGCUGAGAAUGUACCAAGCAAGUUCUGGAUACGAAAUGAUCACUUUCUGCAGGUGGCAUGUGGAGAUGAGCACACUGCCCUCAUCGCUGACAGCGGCAGAGUUUUCUCAUUUGGAACCAAUGAUUGGGGUCAGCUUGGGAUUGGAACGAAACGAGCAUCAACAAAACCAACAUGUAUCAAAUCAUUAAAAGGUGAAAAGGGGACGUUUGUGGCAUGCGGUAAAAACCAUACAUUAGUUGCCACAGCAGGAGGACGACUGUACGCAUUCGGUGCCAACAAUGAAGGACAACUGGGUGUGGAGACAGAUGAAGUGUUAAUACCCAUAGUGAUUGAUACCCUCGAUGACAUGGAGUACAAAAUGAUCUCGGCAGGGUCGGAGCAUUCAGCUGCAGUCACAGUGGAUGGUCGCCUGUUUAUCUGGGGCGGAGGUAGUGAAGGCCAGUUAGGCCUUGGAGAAGACAAACAAGAGUGUCCAGAACCAACAGAAAUCAUAUUUGAUGAGAAAGUGACGUGCGUAUCAUGCGGGUAUUAUCAUACAGCGGUGGUUACAGAGGAUGGAAAGUUAUAUACAUUUGGUGAAAAGGAUUCUGGGAAGUUAGGCCUUGGUGAUGAUAUCGAAGACAAUUAUACUCCUCAACAUGUUGAAUUAAUUCGGGAAAAGGUCAAAAGUGUUUCAUGUGGAGGCUCGCAUACGGCAGUUGUGACAGAGGAUGGUAAGGUGUAUACGUUUGGUGACGGUAACAAUGGGCAGCUUGGACACGGGACCACAGUCCUCCAGUCAUCAUCGCCUCAGGUGGUCAACACUCUCAUCAAAUCCAAGGUCAGGAAUGUUUUAUGUGGAGAGAACCAUACUGCUGUCAUCACAGAAAAAAAUCAACUCUUUACCUUUGGUGAUGGUCGACACGGAAAGUUAGGUCUCGGUGAAGAAAAUUUUGCUAACCAAUUCCGCCCAUUUAAAGUUUCAAGAUUUUCUAAGUUUGAUGUUGACCAGGUGGCAUGCGGUGGUUGUCAUAUGGUGGCACUGGCCAAGAAGAGGGUGGGAAUCGGCAACGGGGAUCAGGCAAGUUCAGAUGAGGAGGAAGAGGAGGUGAACCCCCUACGAUUAUCGACACCGCACUUCCUGACAACACGAGGGUCAAGCGAGGAUGCUGAGUUAACCAUAACGCCACGAGGGAGGCGCCAUAAAGACUCUGACAAAUCUCCCAUGUUAAAUCGCACGCUUCCAGCCCUGAAGCCAACCAUGAGAUCACAAGCACUAGCCCCUCUCUCACAGACGAUAGGACCAACACCUCUAGCCAGAAACAGACUGCCACUAACAUCAAAACAAGAACCUAUUCCAUCAAAACCUAAAAUGGAGUCUGAGAGUGAAGAAGACUCUGAAGAAGACAAUGAAAAAGUAACCAAGAAACCUCAGCCACGACCACGCAGACAAAUUGAGAACGAUGACAUGGUUGUAGAAGAGACGAUAGCAGCUGUGGCAGCCGCCCCUGUGGCAUCUGCCCCUCCGAUGCUUGCUCCAAUCCCUGCCAAGAAAGAUGUAACGAAGGGUAAAGAGGAGUCAGAAGGGGAAUCUGAGGAGGAGGAAGAGAUUGAUUCAGAGGAGGAGGCUGCACUCACCGCCAAGGAGAAGGCAAAGUUAAAAAAAGAAAAAGAGAAAGCAGAUAAAAAGAAGAAGGGAAAGGGAAAAGACAAGAAGAGGAAGAAGGGUGAAGAUACUGAAGAUGAAGAAGAAGAUGAGGAGGAGGAUGAGGAGAGCGAAGGGGACACCAAGAAGAAAAAAGAUAAAGACAAGAAAAAGGAGAAGAAGAAAGGAAAAGACAAGAAGAAAAAGGGUGGUAUUUUUGGGAAGAAGAAGAAGGGUGACGACUCUGAAGAAGAUGAUGAAGAUGAGGAUGAGGAUGAAGACGAGGAUACUGAAGAGGAAGCAAGUAAGAAGAAGGGUAAGGCGGGUAAGAAGGAGGACAAGAAGAAGAAAGGAAAGGAGAAAGAUAAGAAGAAUGACAAGAAAGGCAAGAAGAAGAAAGAGGAGUCUGAGGAAGAAGAUGAAGAUUCUGAAGAAGAAGAAGAGAAACCCUCAAAGAUCAAGGAGAAAGAGAAGGAGGAGGAGGAGAGAAAGAAGAAAGAAGAAGAGGACGCCAAGAAGAAGGAAGAGGAAGAAGCUGCCAAGAAGAAAGAGGAAGAAGCGAAGAAGUUGGCGGCUGAAAAACCCAAGAAGUCCAAACUCUGUGUGAUAUUAUAAGGAACUUAAGUGAAGUAAUGCGUGGAAAUCUCAUUCCCUACACCAGAUGGCGGCAGAUGUUUUGGUGCUUUGAGCAGAACUUUGUUUGCAAGGAGUGAGCUGAUACACCUGGAACUCACCCUAGUUCUGUAAACAGUCAAAUUUUAGCGCAUAUCUCUUUUGGGAUUCCUGAAAAUUUCAAAAAGAAUUCAAAAUUUCACGAUUCUCAUUUUAGUGGAUUGCAAAUUCCAUAAAGAUAAAAUGCCCAAGAAAAUUUGGUGGUUUCCAGUGGUGAUAUUGUAGUGACUUGUGUGGGUGGCGUGUAGGAGAUUACACUUUGUCCGUUUUAAACCACAUUUGCUCAUAGUGGUCUACUUGUGUUGGCAGAUACAUGUACUGUUGUUCAAAAGAAGUUAUGUCACUGAACUUGGCCUUAACUUAAACGUGGCACUAUCUCCUUCAGUUGAGCUCAUUAGACUUACAACCAAGGUCAAAUAUAAUGUCAAGGUAAUGGCCACAUGUUUUGAACAAAUCGGCUGAGUGUAUUAGCAUCUUAUUGGUGUUAGUUGAAAUCGGCUGAGUGUAUUAGCAUCUUAUUGGUGUUAGUUGAAAUCGGCUGAGUGUAUUAGCAUCUUAUUGGUGUUAGUUGCAGCUACUGCAAAGACACCAUGGUUGACACAUACAUGUAAGGGGGGGGACUUUUGAAUGCUGUACAUGCAGGUAUGACAUGAUCAAGAAUGAUUUUUUUUGGUUGAAGACAACAUGUCUCUGCCAGGUUCCACCCUUGGUUGGUGUUUUUAAUCGUUGGUUUUAAGAGUAAGAAUACAUUGCAAGUUCCGUCCCAAUAUUUAGUUGAUUGUGCAGUGUAUAUAAUACAUGUCUUAUUUUCGUAGUCUCAGCUAACAUGAUUGUAGUUGAUUUAGGUUGUUAUUUUGAAAUGUUUAUGAUUUAGGGGACAGAAUUUGUAAGUACUUUGUCCACAUGUUGUCACCCGGAAGAAUGCUUAAAUAAGUGUACUUUCACUGAAUGUGCUUUAUGGCAAAUUUUACUCAGAUGUUUCUUGUCAGGCUUCAUCCAUGUUGAUAUCACGAUGCAAAACCGUCCCAGGAAUCUAAUCAGUAAUGAGUAGUGCCUGGCCCCAUGAUGCUACAGUAAUGAGUAGUGCCUGGCCCCAUGAUGCUACAGUAAUGAGUAGUGCCUGGCCCCAUGAUGCUACAGUAAUGAGUAGUGCCUGUCCCCAUGAUGCUACAGUAAUGAGCAGUACCUGGCCCCAUGAUGCUACAGUAAUGAGUAGUGCCUGGCCCCAUGAUGCUACAGUAAUGAGCAGUGCCUGGCCCCAUGAUGCUACAGUAAUGAGUAGUGCCUGGCCCCAUGAUGCUACAGUAAUGAGCAGUGCCUGGCCCCAUGAUGCUACAGUAAUGAGUAGUGCCUGUCCCCAUGAUGCUACAGUAAUGAGUAGUGCCUGGCCCCAUGAUGCUACGAGUCAUCAUGAUUUGAAGAGAUUCUGUGUGCUGUUUUAUUUCUUCAUAAGAGUCAUCCAAGAAUGCAAACUGUUCUCUUAUAUGAUUUGGAAAGACAUACGCACCGUCCACUGCUUUGAGAACUUUGAUUUUGCGUUAGCUCAGACUCGGGGUAGCUUCUGAUGGUCCUCUUUCAUUGCAAAUGGUGGCUUGACCAAGUUGGUUUAAAGUACACACGUCUGACUUAACACUUCCAUUUCUGAUGGAGGUCAUGUACGGAAAUUGUAAGUUGAGAUGUUGAUGCUUUUUCAGAUAGUAGAGUGUGGUAGAGUGUGUUUCCAUAGCAACAAGUUGAUGGAAACCUGUAAAUUGUACAUACAUUGGUGUGUCAUUGUAUGCUAGAUUCUGCUCAACUGUUUGGAUCAUGAAACAGACUGUAGAUGGAACAUAAAGCUACCCACUAAUGAUAAUUAUUGUUACCAUGAUAGUCAUUUGUUACUGUAUCUAUUUAUUUAUUAAAAUUCUUUGUGAAGAUAACUUCAUUGGCAUCUUUAUAAAAAACUAGUUCGGAGAAAAUAUAUAAAAAAUAAACUGACAUCUUUUACAUCUAAUAAAUAGUUCAACUUGGUUUAUUCUUCAGUGUGAAUUAGAAUUUGAAUUGACCCUACACAAUGUUGACGAAAGACUGGACCAACCUUAUCAUUAAAACGGAAUUGAAUUAAAAAGGAAGAUUUGCUACAGGUUUUGCUACAUGGUCACUAACCGAGAAGUAUUGUUAUCAGCAGGAUGGAAAGGAACGUAUCAGGAUGCAAUACAUCCCGUAGUCGAAUAGAGCCUCUGCAGAAGACAUCACAGAAAAAGCCACCAAAUCGGAUGGUCUAACUGAUGU